AUGAGUUUUUUCCUAAUCUUGUGGUCGAUUUGUUUUCUAUUUGGAAUCACACCUGUUCAUGUAGUUUUACAGAAGAUGAAAACGACAACACCUGUAAAUUGUAAUUAUACACACAACGUCCCUGUUAUCGUAUUCUCAUUUGGCCUAAUUGGAAACCUAUUCCAUGAAAUCAGCGAAAUUGUGAUCCCACUUUUCAUCACAGCUCGCCAUUUUGGAUCUAGUGUACAUUUCAUGGUUACCGAUUACCAGCCUUGGUUUGCCCAUAAAUAUAACCGUAUUCUCGCGCAAUUGUAUCGUUAUCAAGUUAUAGAUACGACUUUGAAUGCAAGUGAUCACUGUUUUCCAGGAGCGGUGGUUGGGUUGAAAUAUCAUGGGAAUCUCGCUUUGAAUCCUGAUUCCAUUCCAAGAGGCCACACCAUGCUAGAAUUCAAGGAGUUAUUGAUCUUUUUGUCACAGGAAGAAGGAACUACUAGUUCUGCUUAUAGAGGUAAGCCCAAAUAUGAUGUGUCAUCAGAUCCAACUCCAAGAAUAACAACUACUAGUUCAGAUUCUGAGAAACAAGUUGAUCAUCUGGAGACAAAUGCAGGGGAGUGCUUAAAAAGAGAAAAGGACAGAGUGUCUCAUUAUCUUCAUUCCAGCAGUGAGCCAAAGCUUCUUGAGGUAGUCUUUGGUAAUAGAACCGUAGACAUGGUGGUGGUGGUGGUGGUGGUUAUCGUGGUGGUGCCCCAGUCAACCAAAUCCAAACCUUAA